UUUGCCAAGUCGAUAUCAACAGGCCAGAGUGCCAGAAAUGGAUGGUCCAGGUAUACUCCAAGUGUCGGGAUCUCUUCAAAGCCAAUACAUUGCCCAAGUGGGGUCUGGACAAUACCCCUGUUGUCUAUAAGGCGGAUGUGGAGGCCAUGUCCGUCGUAGAUUGCCAUCGGCUGAAGCGGGAAUUGGCCAAGGAAGUGGCUGAAGAGGAUAAGGAUGUGGAUGAUCCGGAUGAGCUCGAUGAUCUGGAUGAUAUGGAUCAAGUAGAAGAGGUGGAGGAGGCUCUUGAUCCAGAAAGAUUGGUGGCUCUAUUUCUGGUCCUCUGCGCAAUCGUUAUCCUUUUGGUCCUUUUGUAUCGAAUGAAGCGGCAAAACAAAAGAUUAAGGGAAGUUGAGGUUACAAACCCGGUUCCGGAACCGCAGGAAGCUCCACCUGCUUUACUCCCAAAAAAAAAGAGAAAUAGAGCCGCCAACUGCAAAAGCUGGAUGCGCAGGAGCUGUAGACCCUUCUUCCUCCACAACGAAUCUCAGGUAAGACAGUACCAAGCACGUGCAGAAAUGGAGGUGGCCAUCCACGAGGAACGCACUCGGCAGAAGAUCGCCAUGUGGACAAAGGCUCGGGAGCGGGAUGCCCAGAAAAAGAGGGAUAAGCUCCAAAGAAAUGCGAACAAGGCUUCCAAAACUUAA